AUGAUAAAAGAAAAUGAUAGAUAUAACGAAGAUAGCAAAUAAUCUAUUUAAAAUUAUAAAGAUUCCACCGAAUAUGAAAUGAUUAUAAUAGAGUAAUAAAAUUAGAUUGAAAUACUUAAUGAUAAGUUAUUUGAAAAUAGUCUUGCAAAUUUAGAACUAAAAUAGAAAAUUAACAAACUUGAAAUGCUAGAGCAAGAACAAGAAGGCAAAAUCAAAUAAUUAAAUACUAAAAUCUAAAAUGAUUGAACUAUUUAGAGAAUUAAUAAAUGAAGCUUAAAAUAAUAAAAGAAAUAUAUAUUUAAAAGAAAUAAAUAGAAUUAAAAAAUCGACAUAUCAAAUACUUCAAAAAUUUGUAAAACAUCAAAUCUAUGAUGAAAAUGAUGAAAACCAUAAUAAUUAUGAGUCAAAUAUUGAAAAUAUUAUUGAAGAGUUUAUUCUUUCAUAAAAAUGCUAAAUUAAUUAAAUAAGUAAAUAAAUUGAGUAAAUUUUAAAACAAUAAAAUAUUGUGAUUUAAAACAAUGAGUAUAAUACAUUGGAAUAAUAUUUAAAAGAUGUGGUGAUCUAAAUAAAACAUAAAUAUGAAUGUGAUUUAGAGUAAAUUUUAAUUGUAAAUUAGUAUAAAUAAAUCUAGUUACUAUCAAACUAAUAUAUAUAAAGAAGAAUUAAAACGUUUAUAAUUAGCAUUCAAUUUAUUUAUAAAUGAUUCUGUUUUAAUGAUAAACAAUUAAUUAAAUUAAAAGCAUUCAUUUUGUAAAUUACAAAAAUCAAUAAGUAUAUUUUAUAGAAUAUUGAGGAUAAUAAAAAUUAUUAUACAGAAAUUAAAACUAUGUUGA